AUGAUAGUUUCUUUGGUGAUGUUUAUCCUGGUGGGAAUCGGCGGUCCAACGUUCGCAUCCGAUUCCAGUGGUUUCGGAUAUGAACUGAUUCUUGGAGAAUUCGAUCAGCUGCGACAACACCUUUUCGAUAUUGGUAAUAAAACUCAGCAAACAUUGCCCAUCAAAGCCGUUAAAGUGGCCCUCGGUAUGCACGAAAUACAAUCAUGUCAAGAUACACUGAACACUACCAGUGGAGUGUUCCAGAUAUAUCCAGAACAGUCAACCAUUCCGUCAAUGUUCGUAUAUUGUGACCAUACUGUGGAAAAGGGUGGUUGGAUUGUUGUACACCGACGUUUCGAUGGCAAAUUGAACUUCAAUCGAAAUUGGACUGAAUAUCGGGAGGGGUUUGGAAAUCUGCAAGGUGAAUACUGGUUAGGAUUGGAAAAGAUGCAUUUAAUCACUCGAAGUGCUAACUACGAGCUACUGGUGGUUAUGAAGAGCUUCAACGGUACAACGAAAAGUGCUCGCUUCGGUCGAUUCAUGGUGGCCAGUGAGUUUGAAAAUUACAAACUCAUCUUGGGUAAAUUCAUGAGGGGAGAUGCUCGUGACAGUUUCUUUGAUCAUGAUGGACUUAUGUUCAGCACUAUGGAUCGGGAUAACGACAGGGACACCGGUAGUUGUGCAAGAUCUUAUAAAAGUGGUUGGUGGUUUAGUGCGUGUUAUACAGUAAAUCUAAAUGGAGAAUAUGAGGAAGACAACGAUUCGUCCAUGAGUUGGUUUAGAUUUUUUAACAACCACAAUUGCUUAAAAGAGGCACGUAUGUUGAUUAGAAGAAUAUAGAGGAUACAUAUGGAAUAUUCAUAUUAAUUUGAAAUUCAUGUAACGUAUAGUAACAGUAACUUACAAUCUGGAACAAACUCUGUAUGAUAACAAGUUGUAGUCACAAAAUGGUGAGUAUGCUGGUUGUAAUGCAACACUUAGGCUUCACUUUUUUCAGUGUGAGAACAUACGACAAAUUUAAAAAAUAUAUAAAUGAAUGUAGGAAUAAUAAUAUUAGGCUCAUCAAAGGCGAAUCAAAGAGUUAGAGCAGACUCGCCCAUAAGAUUUACCCGGGAAAAGCAAAGUAAACUGUUUUAGUCAUACGGCCUAAUAACAGUUAAGUGCGUUGUUCUUAUCGCAGGUGCAUGUGCUAUUAGCAUAUUCCUAGUAGGUGCCGAAGCCUACAAGAUGGUAAAUUGAUCGGCACUUGUUCUAAUAAUGCUGAGCGUUUGAUAUCUUGUAUUAACGGGAAACUAGCAGUCAUUAACUUUUCGUCAGAAAACCCAAUUUCGGAAGAAGUUUUUCGGCCCAA